GCUCAGCUUGCUGCAAGCGAGAGAGAGAGAAGGGGGAAGUGAAGCGCUGUCGUAAACAUGGCCGACAGUGAAGUGACAGAUGGACUUGACAGAAAAGAUGAAAUUGCUCGUGUUAAGAAUGAAGGUAAAGAGCUGACCAAAGAGGAGAAGCAACGACUUAGAAAAGAGAAGAAACAACAGAAGAAAAUCAAAGAGAAAAAGGAUGACAAGGUUACUUCAGAGAGACAGAAAGAAAAGACGCCUGUCACUUCAUCCCCAGCCUCGCAACCAGCUAAGCAACCCCCAACACAAAAAGCGCCUGCUGCUGCAUCGGUCCCUGUUACUGCCUCAGAAGCCCCAGCCCCGGCAGACAAGCCCACUAAGAGUAAAGCAGAGUUAAAGGCAGAACGGAGACUUCGACAAGAAGCUGAGCGGGCCUCCAAACAAAGCAAGAAGGGAGAGGGGGGUCAACAGGGCACCACCAGCAAACCCAAGGCACCACCUAAUGAGCUGCAGUCAGCUGUAAAGAGGCUUCCAGAGCAUAUCCAGGUGGACAACCCAGAGGUUUUGAAAAAACUUGCCAAGAAGCUGGAAAGGCAACAGAUCCCACUGCGAUCAGACUAUGGCUACAAAGUCAGCCUGUUCUCUCACCUCCACCAAUACAGUCGAAAAGCCCCUCUCACACAGCAACUCAGCAUUCCCUCUGCAGUGAUACACCCAGCUAUUGUGCGACUGGGUCUACAGUAUUCCCAGGGCAUUGUGGCAGGAUCCAACGCUCGCUCUGUAGCACUUCUGCAUGCCUUCAAAGAGGUCAUUAGGGACUAUACUACCCCUCCUAAUGAGGAGCUGUCUAGAGACCUGGUCAAUAAACUGAAACCCUACAUCAGUUUUUUGAACCAGUGUCGCCCUCUAUCGGCCAGCAUGGGUAACGCAAUCAAAUACAUCAAAAAGGAGAUCUCCAAUAUACCUAGUCAAUGGAAAGAAGAGGAGGCCAAGAGCAAACUGCAGACACGCAUAGAUGGCUACAUUGAAGUGAAGAUCACUCUUGCUGCUAAAGCCAUCUCCAAGUACGCCAUAGAGAAGAUCAGUAAUGGAGAUGUCAUCCUAGUGUAUGGAUGCUCCUCCUUGGUCAACCACAUUCUGUGUGAGGCCUUUGAGAAGGACAGGCAGUUUCGUGUGAUCGUGGUGGACAGCAGGCCCCGGCUGGAGGGCAGGGAGGCCGUGAGGCGCCUGGUCCAGAAAGGCAUCAGGUGCACCUACGUCCUCAUCUCGUCUGUGUCCUACAUCCUACCAGAGGUGUCAAAAGUGUUCCUUGGUGCUCAUGCCUUGCUGGCCAACGGUUACGUGAUGUCUCGUGUGGGAACAUCACAAAUAGCGCUGGUGGCCAAAGCCUUUAACGUGCCUGUGCUGGUGUGCUGUGAGACCUACAAGUUCUGUGAGAGGGUGCAGACAGAUUCCUUUGUCUCAAAUGAACUUGAUGACCCUGAUGACCUUAUUGUGACUCGGAAUGGCAAGACCCAUCUGGAGUGCUGGCAGGAGCUGCCCUUGUUGGGCCUACUUAACUUGGUUUAUGAUGUGACGCCGCCGGAUUUUGUGGACUUGGUCAUCACAGAUCUUGGAAUGAUUCCAUGUACCUCAGUCCCUGUUGUACUUCGGGUCAAAAGUGUGGACCAGUGAAUCCUCUCCAGUUAAAAUCUGGUCUGAUCUAAUCUGGUUCGCGUCAAGAGGGUGUCUCUGCAUUCUGAUGAGGGGUCUGUGUGCAUGCAUUCAUGCACACAACACAACAUUAGUGUGCUUUUGGCAUGCAAUAAAUAUAUAUCUGAUAUGGCAUAUGCUUUUUUAAAUGGAGUCAGCGUGUUUUGUGGU